CUCCUCCUCCUCCUCCUCCUACCUCCGCCCUUCGCCCGUCAAUUCCAUAGUCAUCACUGCGAAACUAGCGGCAGAGUAUAAAAGUGGCAGUCACCAUCUUCUUCUCCCACACGUGCACCAUCCUCCAGUGUGUGUGGUUCCUCUGAGAAGGAGCGCCUCCGUCAGCCCCGUCAGGAAGUAGCAGCGAACAAGCCAUCGUCGUCCGAAGCAACAGGUGACACGGACAAGAUGUCUCUUCAGCGACAGGUCAUGGCCAAGAUGCACGGGAAGCGCGACCCGGAGCAGGAGAAGGAAGCCCUUGACUGGAUCUUCACCGUCCUUGGGGAACCUCGGCCUGAAGGAGACAUUGGCGACAUCCUGCGGGAUGGACAGGUGCUGUGUCGCCUCAUGAACAAGCUGGCUCCUGGAUCCGUUCCAAAGAUCAACACAUCCGGAAGCCAGUUCAAGCUGAUGGAAAACAUCAACAACUUCUCCCAGGCCAUGAGGAAGUAUGGUGUGUCCAUCGUCGACCUGUUCCAAACGUCUGACCUCUUCGAGAAGAAAGACCUGGCUGUGGUCACCAACUCCCUCUUCUCGCUCGGGCGCACGACCUACAGACACCCCGAAUGGCCUGGUCCCUGGCUUGGUCCUCGCCCAGCGGAGGAGCAGAAGAGGGAGUGGAGUGAGGAGCAGCUGCGGGCAGGACAAGGGAUCAUAGGACUCCAGGCUGGCUCGAACAAGGGAGCCACGCAGGCUGGGGACAACACGGGCGCCGCUCGACGUGUUAUUCUGGGGAAGUAGAAGUACGAGCCUUGGGUCGGGAGCAUUGGGACCCUUCAGGAGGGUAGGGAGGCUGUGGGAUUGGUGCUGCUGGAAGAGGUAGGUAAUAUUAAGGAGAAUAGAUGGAAUUUGGGCGCUUAAGGGUCGGGAAAAUGUAGGUAGUCGGAGUCAAGGCAUUUUAUAAUCCCAUUCCGUCUUGAUGAAGAUCCUUCUUGGCCACGUUCAAGCUAACUCCGUCUCUUCGAUUUUAUUCAAUGAUGUUUUCUUGGUUUGCGAUAAUUUUUUUCCAUUGUUAUUACUGAACCAUUUUCAAAGGAAAUAUUCUGAAAAAUACACUUACUAUAAACAAGGUCAGCCAAUCAGAUUGUGCCGUGAGAUAUCUGAUAUGACUAGAUACAUAAUUAUUUGUAUAAUGUUCUCUUUAAGGAAAGGAAACGAAACUGGGAGAUGGGUUGGUUGUUAGCCUUGGUUGAUAGAAGAAAAUAGAAGAGCUGAGAGAAUCUGGGCUUAAAUGAAAGGAGAAAACGAUAGGCUGGUACUCCUGAAGGAAGGAAGGGGAAUUAGUACUCCGGCUGUUGAAAGAUGGUAGUGUGUGUAUAUACAUACAUAUAUAUAUAUAUAUAUAUAUAUGCAUAUAUAUAUGCAUAUAUAUAUAUAUGCAUAUAUAUAUAUACUAUAACUACAAGGAAAGGAAAGAAGAGUGGAAUAACAUGCAAUCUCUUCAAGUAAGUUAGGAAGAGAGUGAUGCUGGAAAGGAGAUAAAUGAACAGUUAAACAUAUUUGUGCCCGCUGAAAAUGUUCCAGUUUUGAUUUGUAUUUAUUAUAGCAUGAAACAGUAAAUGGAAAGGUAUAACAAUUGCCUUUCUGUAACCCUUGUACAAUGUGUUGGCUCGGAACUACAAUUGCUGCUUACGAGUUCUAAAACCAUUUAUGUGCUUUUAUUUUCUUUAUAAUAUAUAUGUGUUAGGGGCUGGAGACUGCCUAUCAGCAAUCAAAGGAUUAUUAUCAUUUGAUGACUUGUUUUGAUCAACUAUUUCUACAUAUGGAAAAAUCUCCAUAUUCAAUGAUUGUGUUUCUUUCUGUAACUGAAUAAAGUGCUAUAUAAAAAGA